UCGGGAGGGCGGCCCGGCGCGUGAGCCCGGCCGGGAGCGAGACGCGGUGGCUGCGCGAGGGAGCCCGCCUGCUUGCAGCGAUAUGAUCACUGAAGCAGAACAGCAGCUUCUCCAUGAUGCUAGAAAUGGAAACUGUGAAGAGGUUAGACAACUACUGGAAACCAUGGACAAAGAAGAAGUAGUUGUUGACAUCAACUGCAAAGGCAGAAGUAAAUCUAAUUUGGGUUGGACGCCUCUUCACCUUGCAUGCUAUUUUGGACAUGGCAAUGUGGUCAAGGAUUUGCUGAAGGCUGGUGCAGAAGUGAACGUGUUAAACGAUAUGGGGGACACUCCACUGCAUCGUGCAGCCUUCACUGGACGCAAGGAGGUGGUGAUGCUGCUCUUACAGUAUGAUGCUGAUACUUCUAUUGUUAAUGGGGGUGGACAGACGGCAAGAGACGUUACACAAGAUAAAGAGAUCAAAAAUAUGUUGGAAGCAGUGGAAAGGACACAAGAAAGGAAACUGGAAGAACUGCUUUUAGGAGCAGCAAGAGAAGGGGAGACUGCAAAACUCUCCGCACUGUUGAACAGGCCAAAGCCUCCUGAUAUUAACUGUACUGAUCAGAUGGGAAAUACACCAUUACAUUGUGCAGCAUACCGUGCUCACAAGCACUGUGCCUUAAAACUUUUAAAAAAUGGUGCAGACUCUAAAAUCAGAAACAAAAAUGACCAGACACCAUUUGAUCUAGCCCAAGGUGCAGAAAUGAAACAGAUACUUGCAGGAAGCAUUGGAAAGGUGAUCAACAAACGCCUGAAACGAUAUGAAGGUCUCUUGUGGAAGAGUUUAAGGUUUUUUGGCUGGAAACUUUACUGGGUAGUACUAGAACACGGCGUCCUUUCCUGGUAUCGCAAACAGGCUGAAGCAGUAAAUAAUGAUCAUCGCCAAGGAUGCAAGCACCUAACACAAGCUGUCUGCACGGUAAAAUCUACAGACAGCUGCCUUUUCUCUGUCAAAUGCUUCGAUGACAGUGUUCACAGUUUUAAAGUGCCUAAAAACUCUCCUCCUAAGGCUAGAGAGAACUGGCUGGAGGCCAUAGAAGACCACUCUGCGUACAGCACUCACUACUGUACCCAAGAACAGCUGAGUGACGAGGAAGAUGAUGAUACAGUAUCUGUUGCAGAAUUGCAAGAAACGUUGAAAAAGGCACAAACAUGUCAACAAAGGCUAGAUAAAGAGAUUUCCAACUUCCUCACAAUGAUGAAAUCGUGCAACACCACUAAAGGAAUGCCUCCUUCAUUUCUUCAGAAAAUUGAAGUGGUCUCUGAAGUAUCAAAAGAAACGUGUGAGGCUCUGGGUAACUGCCUUAAGCUCUUCACAAAGCAGGAAGGGGUGAGGAAUUUGAAACUGGAGCAUGAGCAGGAGAAAAACAAGAUCUUGUCAGAAGCACUAGAGACACUAGCCACCGAACACCAUGAAUUAGAGCAGUCUCUAGUUAAAGGAUCACCACCUCUAAGCAUCCUUAGUGAGGAACAGUUCUAUGAUGCUGUUUCAGAUUCAGAAUCUGAAAAAUCAUUAAGUGGAUUUGAAACAGUAACAACGUACUCAUUAGAGGACAGUGUGGAGUCAAACAAUACAAUAACCUCCAGCAUGUCCGAAGAAAAGGUCUGUGGUGGAGGUGGAAAGGUCUGUGGUGGUGGAGAGUCUCUGUCUAACGGCAUCAAAAAACACAGAACAAGCUUGCCAUCUCCAAUGUUUUCCAGGAAUGACUUCAGUAUUUGGAGUAUCUUAAGAAAAUGUAUUGGAAUGGAGCUGUCCAAGAUCACUAUGCCGGUUAUUUUCAACGAGCCACUGAGCUUCCUACAGCGACUUACAGAAUAUAUGGAACAUACAUACCUCAUCCACCAGGCCAGUUCACUUUCUGGCACAGUUGAGAGGAUGCAGUGUGUAGCUGCAUUUGCUGUGUCUGCUGUUGCCUCACAGUGGGAACGUACCGGAAAACCAUUCAACCCACUUCUUGGAGAGACGUACGAAUUAGUCAGAGAUGAUCUUGGGUUUAGACUCCUUUCAGAACAAGUUAGUCAUCACCCACCAAUCAGUGCUUUCUAUGCUGAAGGCUUGAAUAACGAUUUUGUGUUUCAUGGCUCAAUCUAUCCUAAACUCAAGUUCUGGGGCAAGAGUGUGGAAGCAGAACCUAAAGGGACUAUAACUCUGGAACUCCUUGAACACGAUGAAGCCUACACAUGGACAAAUCCUACUUGCUGUGUGCAUAAUAUUAUUGUGGGUAAACUUUGGAUUGAGCAGUAUGGAAAUGUAGAAAUAACUAAUCACAAAACUGGUGAGAAGUGUGUAUUAAACUUCAAACCAUGUGGGCUUUUUGGAAAGGAGUUACACAAAGUUGAAGGCUACAUUCAAGACAAAAGCAAAAAGAAAGUUUGUGCACUCUAUGGGAAAUGGACUGAGUGCUUGUACAGUGUUGACCCAGCUACAUUUGAAGCUUACAAAAAAAAUGACAAGAAAAAUACAGAAGAGAAGAAAAACAGUAAACAGGUGGGCAAUUCUGAAGAACCAGAUGAGAUGCCUUUGCCAGAUUCUGAAAGUGUGCAUGUUAUUCCUGGAAGUAUCCUACUCUGGAGGAUAGCUCCAAGACCUCCAAAUUCAGUACAGAUGUACAAUUUCACUAGCUUUGCUAUGGCUUUGAAUGAAUUGGAUAAAGAAAUGGAGAGUGUUGUUCCUAAAACUGACUGCCGGUUACGACCAGAUAUAAGAGCGAUGGAAAAUGGUGAAAUAGAUAUAGCCAGUGAAGAGAAAAAAAGGCUAGAAGAGAAACAAAGGGCUGUCCGCAAAAACCGGUCCAAGUCAGAGGAAGACUGGAAAACAAGUCAUCUGACAGCCCAGGCUCCCAGGUUUGGACUUGUCCGAUUUCCUUCUCUCCCCCACCCCACCCCCACUUUUUGCUUGCUUUCUCGAAGUGCUUGGCUUGGUUUGCCCUAAGACAAGCAUAGAACAAUGUUUUUGUAAUUCUUCUGAGUUAAUAUAUGGUGAAGUUCUGGACACACUUGGUCUCCUCUCCCUUGUCAGAAUGCCAGGGCUUAUUUGUUUCAGUGAUUGUGAAUAAUCCAGUGUGUAUUCUAGGUUUCCUUACCUUAACAAUUACUAUAAGUAUACAAAUUGCAAUAGGUAGGCACUGCAUGCAUUCCAGAUCCUUCCUAUCACUUUCCCCAUUCUCAUUCUAUAUCAGGAAUUUGUUAGUUUACUUGAAAUAAAAAACAGAGGGGAAAAUUUUUCAAAGAUUGCUAGGAUCUAGAAACCAUCUGUUGGACAAUGGCAUUCACAUUUGGCACUUCUGAUGAGAUCAGGGCAUGGUCAUGGAAAGCUAGAUUGCUUUAUGGUCUCUCCAUUUAAGAAAAUUAUGCAGAAAACAAUUCAUAUUUUGAGAUGAACCCUUCUACAUAUUUCCAGAAAUGUUAGCUCCUCUGUUUAGGGAAUACAUAGCUUAAUGUCUGCAAUCAUCAUUAACUACGCACUGUAGAGAAGUGCACGUCUUAGGGCAAGAUCCCUAUCCUUUUGGUCUACUACUUUUCAUAAUGGUCAGGAUUUUCAUAGGGUCUAGUGAUUUUUGGGUGCCCAGUUUGAGACACCUUAAAGGGGCCUGACAUCACAGAGGGUUGGUUGGUUUGUUUCUGGAAAAUCAGGUAGCAAAUAGAGCACCCAAAGUCACUAGUCCACUUUUGAAAAUCUUGGCAAAUGGUCUAAAGACUGUGUUAAGCUCCUUGGCGCAGGGACCUUGUCUUUCACUAAAACACAAUGAACACCUAUGCUGUUGCAAGCAAUAUUCGUGCUGUCCUCUCCCCUCUCCUCCAAUCACUCCAAGGUAGUGGUUGAUCUAGCAUACCCUAUAUCCUUCACAACCUUAGCUGCCCCCUCCAUGCUAACUUCAUUGGGUGCAUGAACUCUAACAACACUAUUCCCAGUAAGCUAAAUUUUGCUUCUGCAGCACCACCCGCUGGAAAUAAGGUGUACAUUUUUAACAGGAAGGGUAAUUAACCAUUGGAACAGCUUAACAAGGGCCAUGG